GCAGCAGGGUAUCAUGGGAUGAUGUGCAGGUUAUUAUUCUUUUCAAGCCACAGAUACAUUAAGUGCUGAUUCAUGAUCAUCUUGCAUGGGACUAAUGAAUAUGUAAUGUCUGCCUUUCUCCAGGGGGUCUUCACAUGCAAGCAACGACACGUGAAACCCACGCUGCCGAACCAGAAGGGGAAGCAAUGGCCUCCCAAAUGGGAGAACUCAGCAUCUCCAGCUUGCUGUCCAUUCGGAAGAAGGUGGAUCCUAGCAGAGAGCUGUUCUCCUGCCUGAACCUUGCCUUGGAAAAACUGAGCCUGGAGCCACCCUGCAUAAGAAACAAUGCCCGGCUCACCAUUGCUGCCAACCAAUCCCUGCUAGAGUGGAACUCGGGAAAGGGCGACUGCGAGAUCGUGAUCUUCCACAGUCAAGACAAACCCCGCUAUUAUGUCUACACAACAGAGUGGGAGCAGUACCUCUCCCGCCUCUGCUCCCAGUCCUACCCCUUGACCCUGGGCAACCUACUCACAACCCGGAGCAAGCUGCGUUUGUGGAGUUCGUCCGGCACGAACCUGUCUUUGGCCUGCUUUGACCAAGCUGUGAAAUGCUUCUCAAUGGAACCCAACGCAGUAAAGCAAGAUGCCCGGAUGCUGGUGGAGUGUGAAGGGCAGGUGGUGGAAUUCGUCUCUGGCCAAGGCUCUUGCGAGAUCUCCGUCUUCCUCUCAGCAGACGACGUCCCCAAAUACGAUAUCCAAACAAAGAACUGGCACGUGUUCCUAGAGCGUCUCCGAGCGGGGAUCGUGCCGCUGAACCUGGAGAACAUCAAGAUGGUGAAGGAUCGGCUCGGAAGCUGGAAGGAAGACCUCAGGCACUGCUUCGAUGUGGCCUUAUUAGCCUUCGUCAGAGAACCCGCCUGCAUCACGGAGAACGCCAAGCUGGUGGUGGUGGCCAAUGGGGAAACAAUUGAACUGAUCUCUGGGAAAGGAGAGAAUCAGAUCACAGUAUUCAGCUCCGAGGAUGGAAUCCAGUGCCGGGUAUCCACAAGGGGGUGGUGGGAGCUCAUAGCCAGGAGCCUGAACAGGAAGGAAGGCUGAAUUGAAGCACACACAGCAGCAACAGGGCUUUUUCGUAACAGGAACUCCUUUGCAUAUUAGGCCACACCCCUCUUAUGUAGCCAGUCCUCCUGGAGCUUACAGCAGGCCCUGUAAGAAGAGCCUUGUGAGCUCCUGGAGGAUUGGCUACAUCAGGGGUGUGUGGCCUAAUAUGCAAAGGGGCUCCUGCUACAAAAAAAGCCCUGAGCCGCAGAAUGGCAAAAGGACACUUGGACCUUUUGCAGAUGAAUUGUUUUUGUUGAAAAGCGGGUUCCCCCUUCCCAUUUCCCCACAGAAUCAAGGUCUAUGCCUUCACCUCCUGGGCCUCAGGCUGUAAUUCAGGUUAGCUGUCACAAUUACCAACAUUCUAGGCUUUGCUUAUCAUAAAGUGUGUAACCUUUAGCUUAACACAGGGCUCAGUCUUGAAUUGUCAGCUCAUUAUGGGUUGAGAUGGACUCUCGCAUGAUGCCGCAUUAGCCUCUUCCAAAAGGGACUUCAGAAGACAGCGCUUUCUACCAAAGCCUUGCAUCAAACUUGUUCUCUCUCUGCCUUCUUGAUGCAUUAAAAAAAAAACCACCUUCAGAAAGAAAA